AUGAGAGAGAUUAAAGGAUUUGCCGGGAUUGGAAUAUCCAAGAUGAAAAGAGAGAAGGAAAGGGAUCAAGGAAGUGAAACGAUGGGCCAUAGCUUAAUCAUUCGCCAUGGUACUUGGCUGCACUCAUUGAACAAACACUUCCUUAAAAAGACCACCGAUCGUCAGUUUCAACUGGAUCCCCCUAUAUCUAACCACCAAUUGGUCCCACCCGAAUGCCUAAAUUUCAAAUCGAGCGAGCUUGCAGUAAGGGGGUGGGAUGAAUGGGAGUUGGGAGUGCGGGGCAAGCCGAGGCAUAACGUUUCGACUUUCCUAACCGUACGUUCUCCGCUCACAACGUUCACCUCACUCCGGAUUCCUGACUUGGGUAGUGGUCUGAAUCGUUGCCGGCGACCCAGGAUGCGCCAUCUGGAGAGAGAUGCAAUGGACGGCUCUGAUGACAUGAUCUCAGGACCUUUCAACUCCCUAUUCAGUGCUAUUUCAAAUGCAGAUGCCUGCCUCACUUUGAAUCUCCAAGAGCUCAGCCAGUCCAGUAUGAGGUGCGACCAUAAAUCCGCCACCAUCCAAAACGCUUUACCGAAAGACUUUUUCCAAGAUAACAAAAAAUCUAGAUGA